AUGAGAGAUAUCUUCAGACACCUUCGACACUUUAGGCGGUCUUUGUGGUUCAAACCCAUGUCAGGAAGACAAUCUAAUAUUAGCAAGUUCUUCACUUUGGGUCCAGAAGAUGCGCGUAAAAAACGAAUAUCCACUCCUCCAGCGGUUUCUGAAAAUGAAACCACUUCUCAAACAGUAAAGGAGAAAAAGAAUGUUACAGUGGCACUAAAAAAUGAAAAAUUAACGAAUAACGGAGAGAAACGAAGGUCAGAUGUGUUGGAAAGUUUAAAAGAGGAGGAUAAAGAUGCGUCAGACACUAUGGAAGUCAAACGUUCAAAGGUCAAUGACCAGUCCUCAGCCUCGUCUACUUCCUCAUCAUCUAAUCCCAUUUCUGAAGGAGAUACUACUCCUUCGGAUAUUCCUCCUAUUGCUGAAACACCGCUAGAAUCUACAAAAAAACAGGAAAAGAAAAAGUCUCACGCAACGUUCGCAGACAUGGUUUCCACUUUCACGAAAAUUGAGAAAACAUCAAAACGGUUGGAAAUUAUUGAUAUUAUGGGUACUUAUUUUUUCUCCAUUCUGCGUAACCAUCCCGAUGAUUUACUUACUUCGGUUUACUUAAGCAUCAAUAAGCUGGGUCCUGAUUAUUCAGGAAUCGAACUUGGCAUAGGUGAAAGUAUUAUUAUGAAAGCCGUUGCCGAGUCGACUGGCCAAACCCUUCAACAAAUUAAGCAAGCUUUCCAUAAAGUGGGAGAUUUAGGCCUUGUUGCGCAGUCAUCGCGCCAGAAUCAGCCGACAAUGUUUCAACCUGCUGCACUAACUCUACCUUUUCUGUUUGAUUCUCUAAAAUCAAUUGCUCAGAUGUCUGGUAAUCAAUCACAGAAUCGAAAAAUCGGUCUGAUCAAACGAUUGCUGAGCUCUUGUCAAGGUGCUGAGCCAAAAUACCUUAUUAGAGCUCUCGAAGGAAAGUUACGUCUACAAUUAGCGGAAAAAACCAUUCUUGUUUCUUUGGCCAAUGCUUGUGCACAGUACCAUGCUGAUAAGAAGCACGUUCAAUUAUCGCAAUCGGACCGCAUUCAUGCUGAGCAGACUCUUCGCGACGUUUAUUCCCAAGUACCUUCCUACGACAUCAUUGUACCUCAGCUCAUUGAACAUGGAGUUGAAAACCUACGAGAAACAUGUAAACUUACCCCUGGUGUUCCUACGAAGCCAAUGCUUGCAAAACCUACCAAGCAGUUUUCAGAAGUUUUGGAUACUUUUGAUCAAGCCACUUUUACUUGCGAAUACAAAUACGACGGGGAGCGUGCUCAAGUUCAUUAUACUGAAGACGGAAAAUUCUACGUAUUCUCUCGAAACUCCGAAGAUAUGUCUGUCCGUUAUCCUGAUAUCAUGGCGUCUGUACCCAAAUGGAGAAAACCAGAAGCUAAAAGCUUUAUCCUUGACUGCGAAGCUAUUGCCUGGGAUAAGGAAGAGAAUAGAAUUCUUCCCUUCCAAAAACUGGCUACACGUAAAAGGAAAGACGUGAAGUUGGAAGAAAUCAAAGUUCGAGCAGGUCUUUUUGCUUUCGAUAUACUCUAUUUGAACGGUCAGUCUUUGUUGGACGCUCCAUUUUCAGAGCGCCGAAAGCACUUGUACUCAAUGUUUCAACCAGUCACCGGAGAGUUUGAUUUUGCUAAGCGCAGCGAUCAACAGUCUGUUGAGUCAAUCCAGGAAUUCCUUGAAGAAUCUGUUAAAGAUUCUUGCGAAGGUCUUAUGGUCAAAAUGCUUGAAGGACCAGAAUCUCGUUAUGAACCGUCGAAAAGAUCUCGACAUUGGUUAAAGAUAAAGAAAGAUUACCUUUCAGGCGUGGGUGAUUCACUUGAUCUAAUUGUUGUUGGGGCCUAUCAUGGAAGAGGUAAGAGAACUUCUGUAUAUGGUGCUUUUCUUUUGGGUUGUCAUGACCCUGAUUCAGAGACUAUACAAACAGUUUGCAAAUUAGGUACUGGCUUUUCAGAAGAGCAAUUGGAACAAUUUCAUAAACAAUUGAGCCAAAUUGUCAUUCCAAAGAAAAAAGAUUUUUAUUCUCAUAGUGAGGCUCCUCCUCACCAGCCUGACGUUUGGUUUGAGCCGAAGUACUUGUGGGAGGUUCUGACUGCCGAUCUUUCACUUUCUCCUGUCUAUAAAGCUGCCAUUGGUUAUAUUCAAGAGGAUAAAGGGAUUAGUCUUCGGUUCCCUCGAUUUGUUCGAGUGCGUGAAGAUAAAAAUUGGGAGGAUGCUACCACAAGCGAACAGGUUUCUGAAUUUUACCGUUCUCAGAUGGUACAUAAUCAGACUUCAGCUCGUGCAUCAUCGCCUAAUGUAGAAGAAUACUGAAGUAGUGUUGCUGGGGUUUUUAAUAACAACCUAAAAAUAGGUUAGUAAAAUUGGAGAUGUUUUUUUUUAUGGAGAUGCUGUUUAUGUAUUAUGGAACCGGAUUUUUAAAUAUAGUAAUUCCUUUUUAAUGAAUAUUUCUUCUUUUUAUGUUUGCUUAAAAUGCGUCGCUAUGUUUUAAUUAGAACGUCUACGUAUGGAAUAAAUUAACGUAACU